AAGCGUAGAAAAACUUCUCGUCAACAGCAGCCGCCAUUUUACGUUAGCCGAUACUCGUGCGGUGCGGAACUCUCGCGAUCGCUUCUCCCGAGCGAAUUUCUGUGGCGCGCGGUGGCCGCCCCGGAGCCGACUCAUCUCGUCGUCCUCGCCUCCUGGCGUCCGUGAUUGCCUCGAACGUGCGGGGAAAGCGAGCCGCGUCCGCGGUGAUCGUUCGCGCGCCCCGUGUCGCAGUGUGCCAAGGCGAGAGAAGAGGAGAGGAAGAUGGUGCCAGCGGGCCUCGAGACCGAUAUCGUUGCUGCGAGAUAGCGCCGUGCGCGCAGCCAGUCCGCCACACUCGAGUGUUUGACGAGUCGUGCGCGACCGACUGCUAAGAAGACCAAUACAAAACGCGUUCGGACCUCGUUUGGCUGGCGUGUGCAUUUAAUUAUUACGCUGUGGUGAUCUUCGCGAUUACCGAAUAUACUACUCGAUAGUCCUGGUUAUUUCCUCUCGGCCUGUCCAGUUGUGCCUCGCCGCGAGUGGCCCGUGCGCCUGUCGAGGGACAAAAUUUACCGUGUGUGCGUGUGUGGGCUUUAGCGCGGGGUUCGACGUACCCCCCGACGAUGCCCAAUGGUUGAUCGUGUAACGAAGCGUGCUCGGGGACGCUCUACGCGCCGCGGUUCUCAUUGUUAUUGUCAUGCCUGCGAAUACGCUGAGAGAUUAGUGAAUAUUCGCGGCUUCAUAAAGGAAGCAGCACCAGCAACAGUAACCAGCAUCAUCGGCAGCGGUCUUCUAGUGGCGUAGUGCAGCGUUUCGCUCGCUCGCUCGCUCGUGUGUCUGUGUGUGUUACCCGUGUAUACGUGCCUGCCUGCUGCCUGCCUGCGUGCGUGCGUGCGGUCGACUCGACGACUCGCUAACGCCGCCGCCGCCGCCGCUGCUUACUUGCUACCGAGAGUAAACAGUCUGAAACAAGAAAUAAUUAACCCUCAAAAGGAACCAUGGCCGACCACCUGGUGGACGGCCCACCGCCGAGCAAGCGGCCGAAGCUUGCAGAUCCUUUUCAAGGAACCUCCGACUCCGCGGUGGGUAUGGCGCCUGUAAUGAUGAACCAUGCUUAUACAAACUACGGGGGAGGUGGCAGUGGUAACAUGCAACAAAUGCAGGGCCCGCCACAACAGCUACAUCUGCAACAGCAUCAGCUGCAGCCACAUUGGAACAACCAUACCGUCCAGAAAAGAAAUUACAUAACAAACACAGAUAUGUUUGAUCUUGAAAAUGAUCUACCUGACGAUCUGUUGUCAUCUGGUUCCUGGGGGUCUGCGACUGAGAGUGCUAAACCACCAGCUACAGGACCAGGACCAGGGCAGCAAAAUGGUGCCCUUGAUUCAGAGCUUCGACAGCAUGUACAACAACAACAACUUUCGCAUCAUUUAAUACAACAACAAGGCAACAAGAUGGUUGCUAAUUCUUUAGUAAUGGCUGCUGGAACUUUGGGUAACAAAAGUCCAAACAUGCAAUCUCCACCAAAUGUUUCUGUCUCUAAAGUAGUUGAUCCACAAAUGGUUGUGAGUCUGGGAAAUUUACCAAGUAGCAUAGCCAGUUCUUUGGCAAACAAUCAAAUGUCUAUUGCAAAUUCUAUGGGAGGUCUUCAAUCAUCAAUGAGCAUGGCUGCAAGUAGCAAUCCAGCCAUGUCAAUGCCUGGAAUGAAUUCUGGCCUAGUUAUGACCAGCAGUGCUAGUGGGAAUAACAAUAUGGGUGGAAUGGCAGGUGGAAGUUUAAUUGUAACCAACAGUUUGAACAAACAACCUUUGAAUGCUGGUACUAUGAUGGGCCCAAAUACUCAAGGAAUUCAUCAUCCUAGUGGACCACAUGGUGUUGGUCAAAUGCAAAAUGGUCCUGGAAUAAUGAACACCAGAGCUGUUGCAAUGCAACAACAACAGCAAGCUCAUAUGGUUUCCGCGACUAGAGGACAGAGUCCGCAUCAACAAGUGCAUCAAGUCGGUAUUGUUGGUACUGGUCAAGGUGGACCUCGAAUGCAAGCUCCACCGAAUAUGGCAAAUAUGCCAAACAUGGGACAAAUUAGUGGAUCAAGUCCUUACGGUUACGCACCUCCGAGCAGUGGGCCAGGACCUGUUACAGUAUGUACGAAUAGUCCUGUUGGAGUUGUUACGCCUCUACAGAAAGGGGUAGGAACGAAUAUGACUGCCAUGCAAGCUGCAAACAGAUUUGGAGGAACUACAGGUCCUAUUGGUUCUGCUACCGUUGUGGGCGGCCAAGAAGGUACUAUGACACAACAGACUCAACCACCUGCUCCAAGCCCAGCUCAAACACAAGCGGGUGCGCCAACCGGGAUACAACUUGGUUCGCAACAACCGUCUCAGGGCCAAAUAUCUGGUAUCGGUGCUCCAACUGGUGCUACGAAGUCGACCGCCGAUCCAGAAAAGCGAAAACUUAUACAGCAGCAACUGGUUCUUCUGCUUCACGCGCAUAAAUGUCAACGACGCGAGAAUCAAGCGAACAAUGGCGAUGUUCGUCACUGUACAUUACCAGAUUGCAAAACAAUGAAAAAUGUUCUGAACCACAUGACUGCCUGUCAAGCAGGGAAGACUUGUACAGUGCCGCACUGUAGCUCCUCUAGGCAGAUCAUUAGUCAUUGGAAACAUUGUAAUCGCAACGACUGUCCUGUGUGCUUACCGUUGAAGCAGGCGAACAAGAACAAAACAACAAACGCCGCUGCCGCGUCCACAUCACAACCAAAUAGCCAACCAAAUCCGAGUCCGACCGAGGUGAAAAGAGCAUACGAUGCUUUGGGUAUACAGUGUCCGACCACGACACCCGCUUUGGUGCCUGGUCAGUGCGUCACAAGGAGAAUACCGGCGCAAGGAAUGCAAGGAGCGACCGGUACGAUGGGAAAUGUUAGACUUGUACAACCUCCAUCUCAAACUGCUCCGGGUCAAUCUGUGGUCGGCGCUGGACAGCAAGUGGUUGCACCAAAUGUGUCCCUUCCUUUGAACUCCGACCCUAAUACAGUGGGAGUCGCCGGUAAUCAGGCUACGUCGACCAGCGGAGCUACACCUAUUGCUGCAGCGGCUCCCGCAAAUAUACCGCAAUCCGUGAAUGUGCAUCAGCUCUUCGGUUUGAACGAUUCAGGACAGCUGAGCGUCGCAGCUGAAAAUAGACUAGCUAGUCCCCAGCUUCCGGUUGGAGCCCAGCAGAGUCAAGUGACAGCGACACCGAUGCAGGAGACGAAGGAUUGGCAUUUAACCGUGACUCCGGACCUUCGAAAUCAUCUUGUUCAUAAAUUGGUACAAGCCAUAUUUCCAACCCCGGAUCCGAACGCCAUGCUCGACAAGAGAAUGCACAAUCUGGUAUCGUACGCGAGAAAAGUAGAAGGCGAUAUGUAUGAAAUGGCCAAUUCCCGGUCAGAGUAUUACCAUUUGCUUGCCGAGAAGAUCUAUAAGAUACAAAAAGAAUUGGAAGAGAAACGACAGAAGCGGAAAGAGCAACAGCAGCAACAACAGUUGCAGGCCCAACAGCAACAACAGCAGCAGCAACAGCCUCAACCGGGAUCCGCCGGAGCGGCUGGCCCAGGUUUGAGGCCGUCGUGUGCUCCGCCUGUUGUCGGGACUGUUCCGCAGUCGCGACCGGUAGGAACUGUCACACCUAACUUACGUAGUCAAUCACCUAGCAUGGCUCAACUCGGAACUUUACCUGCGAUAAAUAUUCCGCAUACCAGAAUGCCGUUUCCACAACAGCAACAGGUACAACAACAGCAAGCACAACAACAGCAGCAACAACAGGUACAAGUUCAAGCCCAAACCAAUGUCCAGGCUCAGGCUCAAGCACAAGCUCAGGCACAAGCUCAGGCUCAGGUUCAAGCUCAGGUGCAACAGCAAAUGCAACAACAGCAGCAACAACAACAACAACAACAGCAGCAGCAGCAGCAGCAACAACAACAGCAGCAACAGCAGCAGCAACAGCAGGGAAUUUUGGUUGGUCCGCCAGGCCCUAGUCCAAACGGACAAUCAACCUCGAAUCCCAACGUCGUUCCAAAUCCUGGUCUGAGUCCUUUCGGGCAACCGCAAUUGUCACAAGCGAAUCUGACAACAACUACCACAUCCGCAACAACUAGUCAAUUUCCAACCUCGAACGGUACUUCCGGUUUACCUAACAGUUCUCCUGUACAGAAUCAACACCAGUUCCCUGACAUUAUGAAGGUUCGGCUGACCCAAGCUCAGGUGAUCGCUCACCAGCACCAACAACAACAACAGCAGCAACAGUUGCAGCAAUCUCAGCAGCCGGCUCAACCGCAACCGCAGCAACAGCAGAGUCAAUCACAACCACAGCAACCGACUAGCACUUCGAAUCAGAGCGGUGCGUCGACGCUGAUGCCGCAAGCACCGUCGCCGUUCAGCGUGACUAUGCAGCCGCAAAGUAAUCAACAGCAAACACAGCAACAGUUCAGCAAUAGUCGACCUUUAUCGGUGUCGACGCCCAGCGACAGCGGUAUCAGCACAUCAACACCUCAAACAAUACCACCUCCCGUGUCCAGCGGGCCUAGUCCCGGUCCGGCGACGACAUCGAACGGACCUCAGUCUACAACUUCCACACCCAACACACCGUUAGUUCCUUCGUUGAUGACUCCGAACCAGACAGUCUCUUCCGCCAACCAAACACCACCACAUCCAGGUACCACGCCGUCACCGGCUGGUCUCGCUAGCCUCGGAAAAGGCAUGACAUCACAGGAACGUGCUGCUUUGAACGCGCCGAGGGCUUCGUCCCGAUCCUCUCAGAUGGCCGCCAUCGCGUCUGCCUUAGACCGUGAUAAUUCUCCUAGUCCACCGAUGAAUAACAAUAAGGGUAAACUAGACUCCAUCAAGGAGGAGAACAUGAAGAUGGAGAUCGAACAAGAUGACGGUUCCGAUGGCCAUCGAAUGGACGGCGGAAAAAGCGUGAAUAACGAAGUGCCGAUCAAGUCCGAAAUCAAAACAGAACCGAUGGAGGAAGGACCUGGUGAAGGUAUUGUUAAAGAGGAGGCUUCCGGAAUCAAGGAAGAACCAAUGACGCCAAUGUCUGGUCAGGAUGCAACCGCACCUGAUAUCAAACCAAUGGUUCCCGAACCGAUACAACCGAGCGGUACCUCCGCGGAUAAGAAACGGUUGUGCUUGUUCAAGCCAGACGAGCUGCGUCAAGCACUGAUGCCUACCUUGGAAAAGCUCUACCGUCAAGAUCCAGAAUCUAUACCAUUCAGGCAACCGGUGGAUCCACAAGCACUAGGAAUCCCGGAUUAUUUCGACAUCGUUAAGAAACCGAUGGAUCUGUCCACGAUCAAGAGGAAACUCGACACGGGUCAGUAUAGCGACCCGUGGGAGUACGUUGACGACGUGUGGAUGAUGUUCGACAACGCGUGGCUAUAUAAUCGUAAGACGUCGCGAGUGUACAGAUAUUGUACUAAGUUAUCAGAAGUUUUCGAGCAGGAGAUAGAUCCUGUGAUGCAAGCCCUGGGCUAUUGUUGCGGAAGGAAGUACACGUUCAAUCCGCAGGUUUUAUGUUGUUAUGGGAAACAACUUUGUACGAUACCCAGGGACGCGAAGUACUACUCCUAUCAGAAUAGUCUAAAGGCAUAUGGUCUUGUUUCCGACAGAUACACCUUCUGUCAGAAAUGUUUCAACGACAUUCCUGGUGACACUGUGACGUUGGGAGAUGAUCCAACGCAACCUCAGACUGCUAUUAAAAAGGAACAGUUCCAGGAAAUGAAGAACGAUCACUUGGAAUUGGAACCUUUUGUCGUGUGUACAGACUGCGGUAGAAAAGUGCAUCAGAUCUGCGUGCUUCAUAUGGAGUCCAUUUGGCCUCUAGGGUUCACUUGUGAUAAUUGUUUGAAGAAGAAAGGACAAAAGCGUAAAGAGAAUAAGUUCAACGCGAAACGCUUGCCAGUGACGAAGUUAGGAACUUACAUAGAAACGCGAGUGAAUAACUUUUUGAAGAAAAAGGAAGCCGGCGCUGGUGAGGUCGCGAUUAGGGUUGUGGCGUCCAGCGACAAGGUGGUGGAGGUCAAACCUGGCAUGAGGAGCAGAUUCGUGGAGAACGGUGACAUGCCCGGCGAAUUUCCGUACAGGGCAAAAGCCUUGUUUGCAUUUGAGGAGGUCGACGGCACGGACGUUUGCUUUUUCGGCAUGCAUGUUCAGGAAUAUGGCAGCGAGUGCACGCCACCUAAUACCAGAAGAGUCUAUAUUGCUUACUUGGAUUCUGUACACUUUUUCCGGCCUAGACAGUUUCGCACAGCGGUCUACCACGAGAUACUUCUUGGGUAUUUGGACUACGCAAAACAGCUUGGAUACACCAUGGCUCACAUUUGGGCUUGUCCGCCUUCCGAAGGAGAUGAUUACAUCUUUCACUGCCAUCCGCAAGAGCAAAAGAUUCCAAAGCCUAAAAGAUUGCAGGAAUGGUACAAGAAAAUGUUGGACAAAGGCAUGGUCGAGAGGAUUGUACUGGAUUACAAAGACAUUUUAAAACAAGCGAUGGAAGACAAACUUUCAUCCGCCGCCGAUUUACCGUAUUUCGAGGGUGAUUUCUGGCCAAAUGUCUUGGAAGAAAGUAUCAAGGAGUUGGAUCAAGAGGAAGAAGAGAAACGCAAACAGGCAGAAGCUGCGGAAGCUGCUGCUGCUAAUGCGAUUUUCUCAAUGUCGGAAGAUUCUGAGACAGGUCCCGAUGGCAAGAAAAAGGGACAAAAGAAAGCCAAAAAGUCGAAUAAAUCCAAAGCGAAUCAAAGAAAAAAUAGUAAAAAGUCUAAUACUCCGCAAACAGGGAAUGAUCUCUCGGCAAAAAUAUUUGCGACCAUGGAGAAGCAUAAAGAAGUAUUCUUUGUUAUCAGGUUGCAUAGCGCUCAAAGUGCAGCCAGUUUAGCACCGAUUCAAGAUCCUGACCCCGUUAUCAACUGUGACCUUAUGGAUGGUCGCGACGCUUUCCUCACGAUGGCUAGAGAAAGACAUUACGAGUUCUCUUCUUUGAGGCGUGCGAAGUUUAGUUCUAUGUCCAUGUUGUACGAACUGCACAACCAGGGCCAAGAUAAAUUUGUUUAUACUUGUAAUAAUUGUAAGAGUCAUGUAGAAACAAGGUACCACUGUACGGUUUGUGAUGAUUUUGACCUAUGUAUAAGUUGUAAAGAAAAGGAUGGUCAUCCUCAUCAUAUGGAGAAACUUGGUUUAGAUUUGGAUGAUGGUUCAUCGCCGGCCGAUGCCAAGCAAGCAAAUCCUCAGGAGGCGCGCAAACUGUCGAUACAAAGAUGUAUUCAAUCACUGGUGCAUGCGUGUCAGUGCAGAGACGCCAACUGUCGACUACCCAGUUGUCAGAAGAUGAAGAGAGUAGUGACGCAUACGAAGAUUUGCAAGCGAAAGACGAACGGUGGUUGUCCAAUAUGUAAACAAUUGAUCGCGUUAUGCUGCUACCACGCUAAACACUGCCAGGAGACUAAAUGUCUCGUCCCAUUCUGUUCGAAUAUCAAACACAAGCUGAAGCAACAACAGCUUCAGCAAAGGUUACAGCAAGCGCAAUUGUUAAGAAGGAGAAUGGCUGUGAUGAAUACAAGACCGACAGGUCCAGUCGGUGCAAUGCAAAGUGGUCAACAGACAUCCAAUGUUACUAUGCCAACUGGCGUUGCUAUGAAACCAGGAGUCAGUCCUACGAAUUUACCCUCGCCGCAUCAAGCCGGAAUAGGAUUGAAGCCUGGAACACAAACUCCACCCGCACACGUCCUCCAGGUUGUUAAACAGGUGCAAGAAGAAGCUGCUAGGCAACAGGCACCGCAUGUUAAUUAUGGAAAGGUGACACCUGGUGGUGGAGUUGGCGUCGGAGUCGGCGUAGGAGGACAAACGGGCGGGGUGAUGCCUCCACCACAAAUGCAACGACCAAUGCCCGUCCAAAUGCCAAAUCCCGGCGGUACUCAUCUUAUUCCAAUGGAUCAGUGGACACCAAGUAGGUAUCAGCCGAAUGCAGUAAUGCAACAAAGUCCAGGUUUGAGGCAGCAAACACCGCAGCAGUUGAUGCAGCAGCAACAGCAACACCAAGGACAACCGGUGAUAGGAAUGGGAGGACAGAUGCCUAGACAGCCUGGCAUAAUCGGUGCUCCCGUCAGUCAAGUGGGCUCGCAGGCCCAGAACACCGCGAUGCACAAGCAAGUGUUGCAACAGUUGAUGCAAACGCUGAAGAAUCCCCACACGCCCGAGCAACAAAACCAAAUACUACAAAUACUCAAAAGCAAUCCACCGAUAAUGGCUGCGUUCAUCAAGCAACGGGCGCUUGCCCUUCAGCAACAAAGUGGUGGUCAAUACGGUGGAGGAGUCGCCGGACCUCUGGGUCCUAAUCAGCCGCAACAGCAACCAAGUUUGCAGCAUAUGAUGUCCCAGCAGCAGCACCAGCAACAGCAACAACAGCAGCAGCAGCAUCAACAGCAGCAGCAACAGCAGCAAGGUAGAAUGCAGAUACAAGCAAUGUUGAACCAGCAGCAGCAGCAGCAGCAACAACAACAGCAGCAACCGGUUCAGCAGCAGCCGCAAUGGUAUAAACAGCAGAUGCUUGUGAUGCAGAGACAACAACAGGCUCAGCAGCAGCAGCAACAACAGCAGCAGCAGCAACAACAACAACAACAGCAACAGCAACCGUUCACGCAACCACCUGCACCUCCUUACGGUCAACAACGACCGAUAAGGCCGUCCCUUCUCGGUAAGAGUCACUAUUUGAUUGCCGACAAAACGAGAUUCGUCGAGCCGGUUGGUUCGUGGUCUAACGUCUGCCACGACUCCGCGUAUUCUUCCUCAGGUUACGGUGGCUUUAGUGAACAAGGCUACGGUCAGCCGGGUUUAAAGCCGACGCCGCCACCGAUACCCUCCCCGCAGGGCGUGAUGGGGCCGCCGGGGAUCUCUGUACAGCAACAGCUCAUGCAGUCAGUUCGGUCUCCGCCGCCCAUUCGAUCUCCUCAACCGAAUCCCUCGCCGCGAGCGGUUCCAUCCCCGCGCAAUCAACCAGUUCCUUCGCCUCGAUCGGGGCCGGUGCCAUCGCCACACCACCACCCACCCCACGGCACGCCGACCCACUCACCUGCCCAUGAGCUCGGUGGGCCCAGCGAGAUGAUGCUCUCGCAGCUAAAUGGCGGCACGGGGGCCCCGACCGGACAUCCGGGCGCUAUGCCGCAUCACCCGUCGCCGGCGCCGCCGCCGACCAGCGGCGCGGACUCCAGUGAAGUGACGCCAAUGACACCACAAGACCAACUCUCCAAGUUCGUCGAAGGAUUGUAGUGACUGUUAGUGAAGUCGGUCGAUGCUACGAGUGACUACAUAAACAACGGAUCGGGCGGUGAUGAUGCCGUCCACCGUUUCAAGGACGGUCGCUGUUGCAGCCUCCGUCGCCAUGAGGCGGCGCCGGCCGUGCAACCCCCAUCCGUUCUGCGUUCCUAGCUUCGCGGAGAGAGAGAGAGAGCGCGCGCGCGAGAGAGAGAGAGCGAGAGAAAGCGAGAGCGAGAGAGAAACAGAGCGAAAGCGAGAUAGAUAGAUGACGAUACGACGACGAGACAAUGAUAAUGAAGAUGAUGCCGACGAUGACGGUGACGAUUGACAAUGAUCCGGCUACCGGAUUAUUCCGCGACGGUACCAUCCACCUCCCCCCUCCCCCCGCUGUGGUGCGACCAAAUUAAUCCGAAACGACGCGUGUUCCCUCUUUUUAUCUCCGACGUUAAGGUGCAGGAGCGACGAUACAGCGUGAUUUGAUGGAAGUGGUGCUGUUUUAGGAGACGCGCCGCGAUGAUGCUACAGCUGGCUCAAUGGACACUUUGAACUUCUUACGUUAAAACUCUGUACUGUUCGUACCUCGACCUCUCGGCCACCCCUCAUCGCCAUCUUAACACACACAUACAUGCAUACGUACUCACGACGAGUCCCAUUACUGCUAUUCCGUAAUCGAGAUCCAGUGGCAAAUUGAUUCGAAACCAGAAGAGAGACUAUCGAUACGUUCUCCCUUAGAUACAAACACAUUGAAAAAUUAUCUUGAGUCCUGUUCCUGCAUUCCCUACGAGUACAUCUCUAUAUACACACACGCACUCACGCGCGUGCACACACACAUACACACGUACACAAAGCGAGAGAGAGAGAGAAAGAGAGAGAGAGAGAUACAUCCAAACACACGACCUUUUUCAUCUUUACCACCUUCCCUCCGCUGCUGCUCGUGCAGGCUGAGUGAAAUCGUACAAAUGUGUUGUGUAUACUUAACGUUAAUUAAUAAUUAAUAGUUCAAAUACUAUUAGCGUAGCGAUUAUAUGCAGUUAUUAUAUACCACUAUUAUUAUUAUCGUGACGAGAUGCAAAAGUAUAUAUAUAAACGAAAAAAGUGGAGAAGCCGAGGACUACUGUAUGAAAGUGAGAAUGAGUAAGCGUGAGCGAGUGUGCGUGAGAGCGAGCAAUGAAAACGAUAUAAUUGAAAGUGGGGCGAGAAAUAACAAAAAUGGUAAAUAAUCUGACACACACACACACAACGUUGUAAUGUAAGGAAGGGAGAACAGAGAGAUUUAGUGGGAGAUGAAAAGAAGUUAAGUAAUGUUUACUUAGGCUAAUUUGUUAAGAGAUCGCUACGGCUGGUCCCCGGAGGUGGUUAGCAGCCACGGACCGGCGUUAAAUUUUAUGGAUACACAUUCUGGCGAAGAGUACGGCGAACGGAUGUUAAAUAGUCUCCGAUCCUCGGUUGAUCGGCUAGACACGGGGAUCGUUCGGAGAGUGUGUGAGAGAGAGAAAGAGAGAGAGAGGGGGACGAAAAAUGUGAGAAUGGAAACGAUCUCUCCUCUCGACAAAGGACGGGGACGGGACGAGUGCGGAUUAAAGGUGUCGCAACCAAAAAUAAGUAGAAAUUCAUGACGAGCUACUGUUUCGCUGGCCACGGGAGGGAUUUAUAUAUUAAAAAUGGAGAAAAGAAUCGUGUUAAUUUUUGCAAGAACGAUGGAGAAAAGCAAACACAAAGAGUUCUGUCGCAACAAAAACCGAUCGGGGUGGGCCCGACAUGUACAGUUCAAUCAAAAUGUAGCUAUGAAAGCGUAAACCUAAAACUCAGGGCCCCCCCCCAACCAUGGAAAAGCGUUCUGUACAUACUAUACUAUUAUUACGAUAAUAAUAACGAUUAUUAUUAAUUU